AUGCCCACCGACAUCAAUAGACUCUACACAAAAGGCCGAAUCCUCGGACACAAGAGGGGAAAGAGAAACUCCAGACCUAACCAAUCGUUAGUUCAAAUUGAGGGUGUGGACAGCAAGGAGGCUGCCAGACAUUACUUGGGUAAACGAGUUGCCUACGUCUACAAAGCCAAGCGAGAGAUCAACGGUAGCCGAGUCCGAGUCAUCUGGGGCCGAAUCUCUCGACCUCACGGUAACUCUGGUGUCGCCAAAGCCAAGUUCAGAGUUAACCUCCCCGCCAAGGUGUUCGGUGCUUCUUGCCGAAUCAUGCUCUUCCCCUCUACCAUCUAA